AGAAGCAAACAAAGAAUUAUAGCCACCAUGUUCAAAUACGCCGUCGUUGUCCUCGCUCUCAUUGCCUGUGCUGCUGCCAAGCCAGGACUUCUGGGUGCUCCUUUGGCCUACACAUCUCCACUGGCUUACACUGCUCCUCUGGCAUACUCUGCUCCCGUUGUUGCUGCUCCUGAUCCAGUUGUGACUGCAACCAGCAUCCAGGUGAUCGCCAGGAACUACAAUGGAAUCGCCGCUGCUCCAUUGAUUGCUCCAGUGGCUGCUCCCGUGGUUGCCAAAUACACAGCUGCUCCUUUGGCCUACUCCUCCCCUCUGGCGUUCUCCGCCCCCUUAGCUUACACAGCACCCCUCGCUUACAAUGGUCUCCCAGCUGCACCUGUUCUUGUUUAA